AUGGCCACGGCUCAAAAGUUCCCUCAGGAGGAUCUCCUUCUCUGCGACUGCGGCAUCGGAGACAACAAGGAGCAUCUCGACUGGUCCACUUCUCGUCAGAUGAACUGGUACCAGGACAUCACUUGGCCCCGUUCUGCCUACUCGUACCCCGAGGCCCCAGACAUGGCCGUUGAGGUUCCCUACAAGGACGGCACCUACCCCUGGGACCCCUCUGGCACCACGGCCACCAUGCCAAACGGCGAUGUCUGGACGGCGUAUAUCGAGGCCGGAACUCCAGAUGGUUUCAAGGCUGGCUCUGCAGUCUCGACCAAAAACGCACAGGACAUCCUCAACUGCUGGGCCUACCGUGGCCGUCCUGUCAGCGCGGCCAUCAACACGACCGUCACUCAUGAUGCCAUCUGCUGGAGCGCCUUUGUCUGCAACCGCGACAACCACGCCCCGUCCCGCCCCGAUGACAUGGGCUCUCACACCUCGUCUCUGACCACGUCCAGCGCUGCACCAGCCACUUCUUUCUACUCCCAAGCUCCUCCCGCUACCCCUGUUCCCACCACAGUCUCUGGCCAGCCCACUCCCACUGUCCUCCCCGAGACUGGAAGUCUUUCCGUCUACUCGACAGUCAAUCCCCGGUUCAUCAACUGGCAGAACACCUGGCAGGCCUUCAUCAACAACUUUGUCUGGGACAAGAACACGGGCCGCUGCGUGGGAGGUCCGGUUCAGGGCAACGGCUUCACCAUUGCCAUCGAGUGUGCUGGCAUUCAGAUCGACGAGGAUACUCACAUGACCCUUCUCCUCAUCAAAGCCCUCCGAGACGUCGGCCUUAACAGCCUCUGGUUCAACCAGAACCCCAUCGUUCCCGGCAACAACGGAUCCAGCGCAACCAACCAGAGCUGGGUCGUCAUGCCCGAGGCCUUUACCAUCCAGGCCACGGACUUGGCUACCAACAAUGUCGUUGGUCGGCUUGCCUACAAAACGCACUACGACGGCUUCCUCUCCGGCCCUUGCUCGGCCUGCGAGACUGCUCGUUUCAACAAGAAGUUCUUCGAUCCCCUGAUUGCCGCCAUCCAGGGCAGCUACCCCACGUACCACAACUUCACCGUCGCGGCUCAGUGCGACCCCUGGAUGGUGUGCGUCUGA